AGCGCUGUCAGCUCUCACACUCACACCGACCAGACCACACACACACGCACACACGCACGUCAGACAGCCAGAAGACAUUUGACACAAUCGGCUUGUGCGGCGUUGAAAGCGCGCUGCGCAUCGCGAAGCCAAUUAGGAUUUUCAGUAUAAAUAAGGCCGCAGACGGGACAGCUCGGCCUGUCCUGCCGCUGAUGUCGGAGAGCUAAAGGGGAAUAGAGGUGAAACCUUCCAAAAAGACAUGCUGUCACUCUGAGGCGCCUCGCGGAUGGGACUCUGCUCCGGCCGGAGAUAUCCCGCAGAUUUCACCGUCAGGCUCAUGAACUCAGUGGAGAUCCAGCGAGACUCCUGCAGCUCCAGAGGAGAAACCGAUCUCGGGUUGUUUUGGUUUCCGAGGGGUGGGAGGCGAGAUGUUUUGGGGGGUGAGUGCAGAACCAGUGACCCACUGGAGGACACGCAUGCGUUUGUCUGAUAAAAUCCCUGGAAUAUAGCCCACCUGUUAUGCUGCUUGUCCUCACAUUCUCCCCCCCUCCCUUUUUUUUUUAUUACUGUUGUGCAUUUGCAGCUUUAAGCGCAUUGUGUGGAGCUUUGUUUCCUGUUGGAUCACAAUAUUCGUAGCAUCUAAGCCUAUCAUGCUUUAUUUGUUGUUGCAUUAAGGCGUAAACUGUGCAAUGCAUGAGAAAAUAGGAUCGGCACUCCAGUGUACGUCCAUAAUAAUCCUUUAGAAACUAAAAAGUAUGCUUUGUUUUAUGGUAUAUUUUAUACUCCCCGUUCCCUUGUAGCAUACAGCUCUAUAAUAACCUGCUUACAUUAGUGAUGAGGUUGCAACAUCUCUGCGAUCUGGUCUUCGGGCUACGUUCAAGAGCAAAAAAAAUACGGACGUGCAGCUCCUUUCAGCAUCUGCGUGUGUGCGUUUCUGGCUGCAGAUCUCGGUCAUUUUUUUUUUUUUUUUUUGGACAGAGGGGUUAUGAUGCCACGUGAACAGACGACAAAAACACCGUGAGAGGACGGAUUUCAUAACGCUCACGCGCGCGCAGCAUGCACCUCCAAGUGCAAAUCUGCGGGGCUGUGUUUACGUGCGUCCUCUCCUUCCUGCGCGAAGCGACGCGCGUGAGAGUUCCACUGUGUUGAAACGCGCACGCAACGCGCUGCAUUGACAGCGUUUUAUUUAUGAGGGGCAGAAAGAAAAAGGACAAACGCGGUGCACGAGUUGUUGUUGUUGUUGUGGUCUGCGCUCGUCCUCGACGACUGGAGGGGAGCAGGUUUUUAUUUUAUUCGGUGGUGGGUUCAAGUUCACGGUUUAUGUCGUGUGUCAUCAUUACAGAACUAUUACAAUUGUGUUAUCUGUGCAGUGUCACGAUGAUGUAGUACUGACACAUACACAGUGCAGCAGCUGCAGGAGGAGGAGGAGGAGGAGGAGGAGGAGGUGGAGGAAGAUGAGGAGGAGGAGGGGGCGUUCAGGCUACUGUUUUGUUUGUUUCAAUCUAUAAUAAGAGCAAUAGUUUGCCUCGCCUGGCAAAAUGUUAAGAUUUAUAGACUCUAAUGAUCUUUGUGUGGAAAUGACUCAAGUGUUGGGCCGUGUCGUCUCCCAGAAAACAUAUGAAGUCACCUAAUGGUCAUUUAGUGCUCAGUUAUGACUUUAAAUUGACCUUUCCAGUCCUUCUACCUUCUCGUGGUUUCUGGACAAUAUCACAUUGAACGAUUUACUGUGUUUGAAUCAAAUCGCCAAAUAGCACUUAAUCAAUCCUCUUAUUAAUUAACCUAUAUUAAUGUAAACCGUUAUUAGUAAUGCUGGAGAAAAACGAGCUGAAUUGUAGAAAUACCCUAAACUCCGUCUUCAAUCACUACAAGCGUUUACAGGUGGAAAACAAAACAAAUAUCCAUAGAUUAUUUAUAAUUAUUAUUUUAUUUUAUUACAUCAAAUUCAUAUUCUCCUCUUGUAUUUAUUUACACAUCCGGGUAUCCGAGCCCUCCCGCCUCCUCUCGUGGCGCGUUCACGUGGCCUGGGAAAUAAUCCGCUCAGCUGUAACAAAAACAACAUCGAAUUGAUUUGUUAGUUCCCUGCACUAGAAAUGUGUCGAUGUUUAUUCUCGGAUUUGCGAUGCAUUUGUGUUAAGAUGCUACGACAGACAAGCAAUUCAGAGAAUGAACAUGGUCUACAUUUAACACCUUUUACUUAAAAAACGAAACCAAACAACUUUAUAAACCUCUAAGUUAGAAAAAUAGAUGUUGACAGUCAAAAUCUUGAACACUGAAGUCAAAUGUGGACGUAAGGAUCUGUAUUUAUGAAUAAAUUAAGCCUAUAGUGGCCUAUAAAUUGGACUCUGUACUAUAAUAAACAUUUAAAUGGAAUGGAUUAAAACAAUACUAAUAAUAUUCAAAACUCAGAUUGAUAAAUACUGAUAAACACAUCUUCUGUGUACAACGUAUCUUGAAUAACAGACUGAUUGACUGAAAUAAAAGAGUAAAAGAACGAAAAUGCACAUAUAUUAUUUUUCCCCUUCUGAACGCUACACUCAGUUCGGUUUCCAUCUUUCCCACGGGGCCCUGAAAGCCUCGCUGCCACGCAUUGGACAGCCCAGCUGUUCAUCUGAGCUCGCUCUCCCUCCCACGUGGUGACGUUUCCGCACCAAAGUAACCAGGCCAGUCCAUUACGCACACAAAAGACACAACAAAAGCCCGUGUUGGGGAAAAUGAGAUCCGUCAGUACCCAAAGGACACAACAAUAAGUUCCUAUCUGGCAGCAUCACCCAUGGACCAGAGCCUGGGACGACGACAAUCAUUUAUUUAACUCCAAAAAGCAACAACAGCUGAAAAAAAACAUCUCCCUCUCUCUUUCUUCCACAAGCAGUUUUCCACCAGGCUGCGUUUUGCUCAGAUCUGAACCAGGUGGUCUGAUUUUCUCCUGUGGUGUCUGUGUGGAGCGUGCCACACACCCACUCCACAACAACGACGGCUUUUGCUUGCAUCUUCCAGUGUUUCUUCUGUCAGCAAGUCCAGCAGAGCUGCAACUCUUCCAGUGCCAGCCCUGACACCAGCGAGGAGCCCUGCCAAACUGACAUGGUAAAGAUGACCAAGUCUAAAACCUUCCAGGCUUACCUGCCGAGCUGCCACCGCACCUACAGCUGCAUCCACUGCCGGGCACAUCUGGCCAACCACGAUGAGCUCAUUUCAAAGUCAUUUCAAGGCAGUCAAGGAAGAGCCUACCUGUUCAAUUCAGUGGUGAACGUCGGCUGCGGGCCAGCUGAGGAGCGGGUACUCCUCACGGGUUUACAUGCUGUGGCUGAUAUCUACUGUGAAAACUGUAAAACCACCCUGGGCUGGAAAUAUGAGCAUGCGUUUGAGAGCAGUCAAAAGUACAAAGAAGGAAAGUUCAUCAUCGAGCUGGCUCACAUGAUCAAGGACAACGGAUGGGAGUGACACGCCUCCAGUUUUAUUCUCGAUUUAUUUCUUUUUUUUCUGACCUUGGAAUGCUCUUUAUUGAACUCUUCGGAGCGAUAACCGUCUACCGCCCCUGAACUCCGCCCCCCAACCCCCACCCCACCCCCAAUCACCACGCCCCCUCCUCCUCCUCCUCCUCCUCCUCCUCCUCCUCCGUCUUCACGUGCACACUCCUCCCACCUUUGCUCAUCGUGACAGAACACAUGGCGUUACACAAAAAAAAGUUAAAAAAAGAAAAGAAAAGGAGGAACCGGAGCAAAAACUCUUGAAAAAUCACAUCGCAGGAGUCUUGUUGUUACUUUGAAGAUCGUGUGUUCUUCUCCUCCUCCUUCGUGGCUCUGCUGGAGUUUUUUUUUUUUUUUUUUUAAGAGGGUGGGGGGUCUAACUAUCGACCGCUCACCCGACCGUAACCAACGCUUACAAGUGUUUGUGGUGAUAAUGGAGACCACUAUGCGACUGGAGAGAAGAGACUUCACUGAAAAGACGUUUCUUUGUUUUUCUUCAUCCCGGCGAGACGGGACGACUUUGAAGACUUUUCAUUAUUAUUAUUAUUAUUAUUAUUAUUAUUAUUAUUUUAUUUUAAUGUUAUUUGCUUUAGUUUUAACUUCUGGGUUUGGUAAGGUUUUGGUUUGUUGGCAGAUGGAUGUUACUGGUUAGCAUUUUAUUUCCCUGUCAUGUUUUAUUAUUAUUAUUAUUAUUAUUAUUUUUGUUUGUUUCUGGCUUGUCGUAUCUCUGCCUAUAGCAUGCUUUUCUUUGCUAAUGUCCAAAUGAGCAAUCAGGGAUGGGUGAGGAGCGGAGGGGAAAGGGAGUUUAGCGUAGUUAGAAAUAUGUAGCAGCAUCUUGCUUUUUGUUUUUAUUUUAAGUGGCUAAAGACGGGAUUGCAGCAAUGUGGGAUUUUAUAUCCGAUAAUUAGUUUUUAUCCCUUUUUAUUUUUCUCGUGAAUCUUCCCAAUUUCCUCUCUUCUGGUACUUUUCAGCACCCAAAAAGCAUUGAAAGCAGCACCUAGUAUUGACAUAAAUAUAUAUAAAUAUAUACGCAACUAUAAAUAUGAAUAUAUAGAAAUAUAUAUAUAUAAAUAUUUGUAGAGUUCGGCUAAUUGCGAUUGUGGCUGGUCCCAUUUUGCAGCAGAAGUGAACAAGACGUGAAAAGGAGCAGAGUACUUUUUAGACCUGGGGACCCGUCAGUCGACCCCUCACAGGUCGUAAAACAUUAUGACAGACUGUAUUAUCCCAUAGUUUAGUAACUGAAAAAUAAGGAGACACAACUACAUAUGAAUAUAAAUACACAUGCGAUGAUUACAUAUCCAUAAAUACUAUGAAAAUGUUCGUAGUACCUAGAUAUUGGAACAUGGUUUCUCUCUCUCUAUAUAAAUAUAUAUAUAUUUGCUGUCAUGCACAUAUGUAUAUAUGCAUAUUACCUGUGUGUAUAUAUGCAUUGUGUGUAUGUGUGUGUGUGUGUGUGUGGUCAUGCAUUACACAGCGGCAUACUUGAACAACGCUACUUCGUUUGCACUUUGCAGAGGCCUUUGGUUCACGACGGUUUAGAGGCAAAAAAAAAAAGUCUGUCCGCUCUCGUCUCGUGUAGACUCUUUAAUUGCCUUCACACACGCGAAUGAAUGAAAGUCGGAAAGACAAUUGGAUUUUUUUUUAAAAGGUUUAAAAGGUUUCGACAAAUUCCUCUUGUUUUGUUUUUCGCAGCCUUUUCGGAGAGAAACAAAAAAACACAACUGUAGUUUGUGAUUCUUUGCUGCUAUCUUCCGCCAAAAUCCCGCCACUUUCUUCCCCCCGCUCUCGUAGGUCUUUUGCACUUUAUGUCCCUCUCUGCCUCUCGCGGAGCGUAUGAAUCGUCUCUUUGUGGGUCCGGGAUUUGCCUCCAAGCCGCGUGAAUCUUGUGCCUCUUCAAAACACAAAACGGCCUCCCCUAUUUUAAUUUCUGUUGUGCAGUGCAUAACUCAGAUGAUGUGAACCGACGUGUCUUCCCUUCCCUUCUGGUUCAAAGCGGCCCUCAAAGUAACAUACUUCACUAAAACAAAAAAAAAAAUCCUCGUAAAGAUCUGCCCCGAUUUUAUUUUUAUCAUUUUUCUUUUUUUUUUUUUUUUUUGGAUAAUAACAGAGACUUAGUAUACAUACAUGCAUAUAUUUUAUACAGUAAGAUUUAGAGGUGCAAAAACAGAUGGAUAUUAAGUAUAUUAUUUCUCAGAGCAAAGCAUUGAGAGGAAGAGGUCUGGCAGCAAGUCAAGGCGAAUGGAAAGAUUUAAAACAUAAAAACAAACAAAAAAAAAAAAUCAGCAGUGAUUGAUUACUUUGCCGGCAAGGUCAGUCAGAUCACACAACCUUUUAUCUUAAAAAAAAAAAAAAAACUAUGACAAUGCAAACCCUUAAAUAGUUAGCAGUGAUACCUACUUGAAAAUAUAAACACAUAAACAGCUGAGAAAUUGGCCCGUGUUACAGUUUUUUGUACAUACAGUAACAUAUUUAAGGUUUUAUACGUAUUUCUACUGGGUUAGUUCUUUUACUUCCCCAACUUGAAGCACUUUUGUUCACUGUACCUCUCUGGCUACGUGUGUUUGUGUGUGUGUGUCUGUGUGUGCGUACGCAUACACGCACGUGUAUUUGCCCACGUGCGCGCCUGCGUACGAAGGCGAAUGUUUACUUUCUUUUCUUCGGAUUUACUUCUUUUUAUUUGUACUAUCGUUGUUGUUUGUUAUUAUUUUUAUUUCUUUUCUUCUUCUUUUUUUUUUUUUACUUCUCCUGUCUCAGCUGUUUGGUUUCACAGUCGCAGCCCCGGUGAUCUGUGAGGUUGAGAGUUUGUUUUUUGGAGGCGAUUUAUCCCCGUUUUUUUUUUUUUUUUUUUUUUUUUUUUGCGUUUAUCUGUUAGCUCGUUUUAUUUAGCUCGUGUGGUGAGGAGCCCGUUAGAGAAGGGCCAGUGUUUAGGUCUCUGCUGAGCCGUGUAGGCGUUGAAGGGCGAGCUGGAAUCUCCCACCAUGUCGCAGGUGAGAGCCUUUUACCGAGGGGCUUGCAGGCCAUUUUAGAUGCACUCUCAGGCAGCCAUAUUGGAGGUCCUUCAGCAGUCUGUAAGAACAUCUGAUUAUGUUUCUUUUCCUUAUCUGAGGUGGUUGUGUUAAUGUUGACUUGCAAGCUACUUAACCACAGUCGAUACUUCCCAGUUCUGGGGCUGCAUCUUUUAAGAAGUUGCAGACUCCGUUCUCUUGAAAUUGCAAAACUCCUGAAUCUGUUGGGUGACUUGUUGUGGUUGCCAACCGUCUCACCUGGCUGCAGGGGGUGAGGUUUUUUUUUUUUUUUUUUUGAAGCUUUGCAACAUGCUCUUAUGUUACUGUUUCAAUGGGGCAUUCAAGCGGUGGAGUCAGAUCUGAUGUGACUUGCGUUCCUGUGGUCAUUGUUGCCACUUUAUCUCCAUUUCCCCGAUUGUAAACUUUAAAAUGCUCAUUCUCGGCCUUGGAAACAACAAUAAUCAGAAGGCUGAGGUGCAUUUGCCAGCUGUUUUUUGGAACUUUUGAUCAAAUCAGUUGGAGUAUCCGCCCGCUAGUGGAACUGGAUGAAAACAACAAAAAUCCAAAGUUUGCAAAGGCUUAGAAGUCAUUAAAGUACUUUCUCUUCUCCGAUUCCACGUCGACUUGAAUGCACCAUUUGUGGGGAGGAUUUAGGGCGGUAUUCCUUGAAGGUUGCUGCUCCUGAACUGGGUUAAAGCCCUCGCUGUCUGGACAGGAUUAACUCGAAAACUCCUCCUCGGUGGACUUUUCCCCCCACACCCCUGAGAAACCAGCAACUUGUAGCUAAAUUUAGAAACGAAUCUACCUUAACAAGACCGUACGUGUCUGAUUAAACGGUUACUGAAUUCACGUGCAGUUGUACGUUUUCUGUUUUUUUUUUUUUUUCCUGUUACACGGGCAGGAAAUAAAGGACCUCCAAGAUGGCUGCAGCUCGGGAUGCUUGUGAACCCCUCCCCCCCGCUCUGCAGACGCCUCGUCCACGCUCUCCCUUCAAUCGGUCUAAAGUUAAAACCAACAAAAAGCAGUUGCCAGUGUCACCGCCAGCCAGUGUGUACCAAAUAAGAACCAGGUUCUAUAUUGAAUGCAUCACAUGUCAUGUGUGUAGGUGGGCAGGAGGGAAGCCAGGGGAUUCCACUGCUAUACCAAAAUCUGAAAGUAGAGAUCUUAAUGACGUUUAUCUCUGUGGAAUGUUUCGAUUCUCUGGACUCAACAGCAGCCUGGACGAUAUUAAAAAAAAUAAAAUAAAAUAAGAAAUGUAGAUAUUUGCUGCUGAAAAAACUGUUUACUUUUUAUUGUUGUUUCUGUUUUAUUGUGACACUGGCUACCUACUUUUUGAGCUUUGUUAAUGUCUAAAACGUACCCGAUAAGGAUGUUGAUCAAAGGCAAGAUGGGUUUACACAAGGGGGGGAAAAGGCUGUACAAGUUCUUUUCUUUAGGGCUGUUAAACUACAGUUUGAGGUCUAAAGCAUGUUGUAUUUAUAAUGGCUAUAUGUCGUGCCUGUUUUAUUAUUAUUAUUAUUGAUUUUUUUUUCCUGAAUUUAAAAACAAAUAUAUGCUUUUUAUUUGACUACAUUGCUUUGCAUUCUGUCUUAGUAAAGCCAUGUCACAUGUCUGUUUUCACUCUAAUGUAAACUAUCAGAUAUCACAAUAAAUUUUCAAUGGCA